AUGGACCAUUUGCCAACUGCAUCAUUCGAAUUUGCCCACAUUGAGAUUCCGUAUCUGUUUGACCAAGACUGCCCUUUCAUCUACGACAACCAAAGCUGGACAGAGUAUCCUGUACGAGCAGGCUGGGAUCUUGGUUCAUUCUUAGACGGAGACUUCACCAAUCGAGGGCGCAAUACCGCAGAGCAGGCAGCUUCAUUACUACAGGCCUGGCUCUAUUUUGGCAUGAUACACCGUGUGACGGGGAUACCAGUCCAGACCUCCGAUUUCGUUCGAACGACCAAUCUAGGAAACCGAGUGGUGCAUUCAGGACAUCUCGGUCCCCUCAUAUCUCAAUGGGAAGAGACGGUCAAAAAGAGGCCCAUUCAUGAGGUAUCAGCUCGUACGGCUGCCACCGACAGGUCAGCCAAAGCAGUGACAGACGCGCUUAGCCUGUAUCUCGGGUGGAAGACUCCACUAUCAGACACGGUCAUACUCUCGAUCAACAUCCUUCACAGGACACUGAUCUGCGCCAAACGGGCAAUACUGGCGCAAAGUGACUUUGAGCCUCAUCUGACCUACUUUCAAGGUUCCCGCGAAAUCAUCGAUAAUCAGCUCUACCAGCGAGGGUGGUGCAGAAGAGAUGUUGCCAGACACCACCAAGGUCAGUCGUGUCUGGGAAUGUAUUUCGCUAUCUCGCUCGGUCCACGACUCGUUCCACGAGAUCAUUCGGAUUGCCUGAUCACGGAAUGCCUGGCACUACAGGUCGAUCAUGCGACAUACAAAAGUCAGCACACCGACCCCGACUGCGACUGCGCACAUCUGGAAGUCGACGUGGCCCAAGUGUGCUCUUUAAUCAACAGUGGUAGAACGCCGCUCCUGAGGCUUUCUGAUUCCACUUCCGGCGGGCAGCAUUUCGGACUAGAUGUGAUCACAGACAGCGAAUAUGUCUGCAUCUCGCACGUCUGGGCCAACGGGUUUGGCAAUCUUCAUGCAAACUCGAUGCCUCUCUGUCAGCUGACCCGGUUGCAGAACCGCGUUAACAACCUCUACAACCAUGGCCUUGCUGGUGACAACAUCCCAUUCUGGAUAGAUACGCUCUGUGUCCCCGUGCAGCGAGAAAACACCGCGACCAGGAGGCGCGCUAUAGUCGCCAUGGGGAAAAUCUACGAGCAGGCUGCCAAAGUGCUCGUCGUCGAUGUGGAGCUUCUGAGAUCGACAACCGCUGGCGCGUCUCUGGAAGAAAUCGCCAUGAGGAUCUCCUACAGUGUCUGGUGGUCACGGCUGUGGACGCUUCAAGAGGCGGUGUUUGCUAGGCAACUCCAUUUCCAAUUCCAAGACUGCGCCCUGGAUGGGAAAGAGCUGGUGGCACGCAGCGAUACCGCUGCUCGCGACAGGCUUCCCGAGACUGACUGGAGUGCCGCAGCACAGAUCGCUUAUGAAGGAUUGGCGUACCUCCGCGAGCUGUACGCUUUCAAAUCCUCGACGACCGAGGGUCGAGCCUCAUACAUCCUCCAGGCCGUCAACUGGCGCUCUACGAGCUGGAAGUCAGACGAGGCCGUCUGCUUGGCUGGGAUCAUGGAGCUCAAGGUGCAAGACAUCCUGACCGCCCCGGACCAAGAUCGCCUGCGGCGGUUCAUCCUCAUGCAGCGAUUCUUCCCGGCCGUGUCGCUGUUUUUCUCGGGCGCUAAAAUGGACACGGACGGCAUCCGUUGGGCGCCUCGGACUUUUGUCUUUAGCCGCGCGGGCCUCUUACCGGCCUACCAGCAGAACCCUGACCGGGGCGGCGGCGGCAGUCGCUUCGAGCUGCAGACCACCUCUCUGCUGGCGCAGGCCGACGAAACUGGCCUGCAUGUACAGUUCCCAGGCUUCAAGCUGGGCUCUCUGUCCAAAACUUGCUCGCGCGUCGCUGGCGACCGGGUCUUAUUCCAAGACGCCUCUGAUACAGUAUGGUACACGUUCCGCGUCAUGGGCAAGAACACGGUCGCCACGCCUUUUCUCGACCUUGUCGACAAUCUCAGCGCCAUUCCAGACCUGGCGAUCGUUCUGCCCCAGCGCCCCACGGUCGCCCUGGACCGGACCCUGUACUACGGCGUCUUGGUCUCCAUCUACCGGGACGGAAGCGGCGGCGGCGACGGCGGCGACGGCGGCGUGCUCUUCUCGCGUCUCGUCGCAAGAGUGUCCGUGGAUCGAUGGGGCGCCAAAGACCCGCUCUCCCUCAAAAUUCUACUGGGUAUUGACGGAGACCCAGACCCGGUCGAGGCCGUCAGCCUCCCUGAGACCCAGCGCUGGUGUAUAGGAUGA